CCGGAGCGCGUCGUCCAACCCGCUCGUAGUAGUCAGUGCACGUGCAUCGUUUGGUAGAUACAGAAAUGCAACAGUAAAGGAAGUUUUUAAGUUUGUUUAAAGUGUUUCCCUUGCUUUACUAGUGAUGACGACUCCGGUAGUUCAAGACGUACAGAGUGUCGAGUACGGCGUUGCCACUCUGCUGGAGAAGAUCGCAACGAUGCGUAGAGACGAUGCUCCUCCUCGACUUCUCCCUGCUAAAGCCGAGAUGCGAACCUUGGAGUUCUGGAGGUCCAUCAUCUCGGAGUGUCUGGCGUCUUUCUUCUACGUGUUCGUGGUCUGUGGGGCGUCCGCCGCAGUGGCACCCACGGGCUCCCAGGGGUUGGUGGUCAUCGCCAACGCGCUGGCCGCAGGGUUCUCUAUGGCAGCGCUCACUCAGGCCUUUGGACACGUGUCUGGUGCCCAGGUGAACCCUGCAGUGAGUGUAGCCAUGGCGGUCACUAGGAACAUCUCCUACCUGAGGGCGGUGUUGUUCAUCACAGCCCAAGGUGGGGGCAGCAUAGCAGGGGCGGCACUGUUGUAUGGGGUGACGUUGCCGGGCCGCAACAUGUUCCCGGGGGAUGAGAAGAGGAUGCCGGCGACUCUAGCUCAGGUCCUGGUGGCGACUCAGACUCCUUGGCAGAAGUUUGGUAUCGAAGUCGUCCUCAGUUUCGUCAUCGUCUACACCUACUUCGUCACCAUGGACUCCCAACGACGCUGGUUGACCGGGCCUGGGCUCAGCAUAGGAGCGGCCUAUCUCGCUUGCAGCCUCGUAGCCACGUCAAGCAGCCCAGCCUACAGUCCCAGCAACCCAGCGCUUAACCCAGCCAGAGCUCUGGGUCCAGCAUUUGUCAUGAACAAAUGGGAUUACCACUGGGUGUUCUGGUUUGGCCCUAUUUUGGGAGGAAUCGCUGCAGGUCUUAUCUACGAGUAUAUAUUCAACCCCAGAAGACACGGGAACCAAUCCAAGGAGUCUAUUGAUGGAGACUCUUCUAGUAUUCACUCAGACGAGGACACUUAUGAUGAGCUAGACAAGCCGCGCUCAACAUACAAUACUCUGCGCUCGGUGCAGCCCGGCGCAGCGCUCUACGGACCUGUCACAUCAGCUUCACCUAAUGGAGCGCCAGGCUACUGCGCCAGUCUGUACUCUGCGCCGCCGUGUAAGCUAGACCGCGUGGAGUCCCUCUACGGAGGCACCAAGUCACUGUACGCCAAGUCUCCUCCACUCACCCGCGCCAACCUUAACAGAUCACAAUCCGUCUACACCAAGUCUUCCGGACCCAUCGUACACAGAGAGGGUAUAGUACCUCGGCCAGGCCCCCUGGUCCCUGCUCAGUCCCUGUAUCCAAUGAGGCUCAACAGUACAACCAGCAACACCAACGCGGCCAAUCAGAACCAGCAGAACCAACAGCGUCUCGGUGGUGAGAGCGUCUACGGUGUCCGAUCCAUCAACAACGGCACCGGCGGAAUAUACGGGAAGAUCCCCGGCAGACCAGAGUCAGUUUACGGUACAAGACGGCAAGACUCAGCCGACUCCAGUUACGGAUCCUACCAGAGUAAUCAAGGCAACCAGCAGAACCGUGGAAAUUAUGCCCAGAACAUCAAACAAGCUAGUAACUUCCAGCAAGGAAAUGUUCGUCAAAGUCCGCAACAAAACGUAGGAAUCCCCGUGGCUGGGCCCCCUCCCCCCUACCUUCAGCAGCAUCCCCGUAACUCUCCCAACCCUCAAUACUGACCUCUCUCUCGGUCCGUUAGCAUUACCAACGUCAGGUGCUUACGAGUGUAGAGAUAGAUGUGUACAGUGUAAAUAUUUGACUGUUUUAACCAACUUAGCUUUAGAUAAUGUGAAUACUGUAAAUAAGUGUUGAAUAAUAUGUGCAGUUAGUAUUUUUAUAUGAACUAUGUUUGCGUAAAUAGCCAGUGUAAAUAGUCAUUAGAAAAAUCUGUAAACAAGUCUUACGUAAUUGAAAUUAGUUAUUGCAGUGCUCGAUUGUUGAAAUACCUUUGUUGAAUAUUUGUAGCAUUUAUUUUUGUAUACAUCAGAGUAGGUUUUAAUAUAUUAUAAUAUUACACUAUUUAAAAAUUAACUCAAAAUGUAAUGUAAA